GUAGGCUAAGAAAAAAUCAAAUUAAAGUCGUCUGUCAAUUUGAGAAAACCGUGAUAAUGCGCUCUGUUCGUAUUUUUUCUGUAUUUUAGAGGAAUUCCUAAAUUAAACAUUUUUUUUGAAGAUUUUUUUGUAGAGAUGGCGACGGCGGCCGUGACAUCGUCCGGAAAGGCCGGAACGAUGACGUUGUCAAUUAGAGUGUGGGUGAAGCCGAAAGUGAAGCAGCUGUUUAAGCGACAGUGUUGUCGCUGCGUAAAUGCGACGGCUACUCCGGGACCUUCUGUGGGCAUCGGUUACCGUGUUAUGUCGUUUCCAAGUCCUGUUUGGACUCAAGCUGUUGGGACCCGUAUCGGGUCGAUGGCAGGAAGGUCCACCCUCACAUUCCAGAGCUGCAGAACCUUGAGAUCAACUUGCACAACGCAACAGCCAGCGAGGCACUCUCCAUAGUCACGACCACCGUACUGGCGUCCUAAUCCACCAGGGACGUUAACUUGGUAGUUGGUUCCGGCCCGGGAGGUGGCCAAAAUCUACGACAAGCUUACUUUUACAAAAAAAAAAAAUACAAAUUGAAUGUGAUGUAAACUGUGAA